AUGGCAGUCCAGGUAUGCCUGGAAAUAUGGGACCUAAAGGUCCCCAGGGACAUGCUGGACAACCAGGUGCAUCUGGCUUGCCAGGAGUUGGUAAACCAGGAGCUAAUGGCAUGCCAGGAGACAGAGGAUCACCAGGUACAUCAGGAACCACGGGUCAGAAAGGAGAGCCAGGGCCAACAGGUUACACUGGGGCAACAGGUGCUACAGGGCUUACGGGUCCAGCUGGUCCCCAGGGUGCUAGAGGAUUCCAGGGAGAGACAGGUAUUCAGGGACUUAAAGGUGAUGUCAGCAUGGUGGGAGCUCCUGGGGCAAAGGGAACCAAGGGAGAUCAGGGACAUCAGGGUCAUGCAGGGAAGUCAGGUAUCCCCGGGGCAGCAGGCCCUCCUGGUGCAACAGGUGCUACAGGACAUCAGGGUAAUAAGGGAACUCAGGGCCAUACUGGCGCUCCAGGUACUCCAGGUGCAAAUGGUCUUCCAGGAGCAAAGGGACACCCAGGCACACCUGGAGGGCCUGGGAAACCAGGCGAGAACGGCAUCUCAGGGCCAAGAGGACCAGUGGGGCCUUCAGGUCCAGCAGGUCAACCAGGUCUUAAGGGUCACCCAGGUCUUCCUGGUACACCCGGCCCAGCUGGCCAGAUGGCCAAGGGAGUUUCUGGUCCCAUGGGUCCACCUGGAGCUCCUGGUUCCAGAGGUCACGAUGGUAACCCAGGUGCUAUGGGACCUCCUGGACCACCUGGUCCCCCUGGUGAGAUGGUCUACCAUCAUGAGAAGAGCAUGCCCAUAAAGUCCCAUGAGAUUAUGAUGCCUCAUCAUGAGAUGAUGAAGGCCCCUAUGUCUGCCUUCAGCGCCGUUCUGACUAGGGCUUAUCCUUCAGCUGGAUCACCUAUUCAGUUCAACCAGAUUAUUUACAAUGGUGAGCAGCACUAUGACCCCCAGACUGGCAUCUUCUCCUGCCAGGUACCAGGUCUCUAUUACUUCUCCUACCAUAUGCAUGUUAAUGGUGCUAAUGCAUUGGUGGCACUGUACAAAAAUGGUGAGCCAAUCAUGUUCUCAUACGAUGAGUACAACAACGGCUUCUUGGAUCAGUUGUCUGGCAGCACUGUUCUUAUGCUGAAUGCCCAUGACCAAGUCUACAUUCAGGUCCCUGAUGAGGAGACCAAUGGUGUCUUCGCUGCCGACAAUGUUCACUGCUCUUUCUCUGGGUUCCUGAUUGCUUCAACGUGA